AUGGCGGGCGGCGCGGGCUGGGCGGGCGCCCCCGCGGCUCUGCUGCGCUCCGUGCGCCGCCUGCGCGAGGUGUUCGAGGUGUGCGGCCGCGACCCCGACGGCUUCCUGCGCGUGGAGCGCGUCGCGGCGCUGGGGCUGCGCUUCGGCCAGGGCGAGGAGGUGGAAAAACUUGUCAAAUAUUUGGAUCCCAACGACCUCGGGAGAAUCAACUUCAAGGACUUUUGCCGAGGGGUGUUCGCCAUGAAAGGGUGCGAGGAGCUGCUGAAAGAUGUGCUGUCCGUGGAGAGCGCAGGGACGCUGCCCUGCACGCCCGAGAUCCCAGACUGUGCGGAGCAGGGCAGCGAGGUGCCAGGCCCUACCUUUGCUGAUGGCGAGCUCCUCCCCAGGGACCCCAGCUUCUUUCCCGAGGACGAGGAGGAGGCUAUGACGCUGGCCCCACCCGAGGGCCCCCCGGAGUCAGACAUGGACAGCCCCAUGGAGAGCAUGCAGAGCCUGGAGGGGUCGGUUGGGAGUCCUGCCGAGGAGAAGGACGGAGGGCUCGGGGGCCUGUUCCUGCCGGAGGACAAGUCCCUGGGCCACGCCCCAUCCAUGACCACGUCGGACCUCUCCACACACUCCACCACCUCGCUUAUCAGCAACGAGGAGCAGUUUGAAGACUAUGGAGAGGGGGACGACGUGGACUGUGCCCCCAGCAGCCCCUGCCCCGAUGACGAGACCAGGACCAACGUUUACUCGGACCUGGGAUCUUCAGUGUCUUCCAGUGCGGGGCAGACACCCAGGAAAAUGCGGCACGCCUACAACAGCGAAUUGCUGGAUGUUUACUGCUCUCAGUGCUGUAAGAAGAUCAACCUGCUGAAUGACCUGGAAGCCCGACUGAAAAACCUGAAGGCCAACAGCCCUAACCGGAAGAUCUCUAGCACGGCCUUUGGACGGCAGCUCAUGCACAGCAGCAACUUUAGUAGCAGUGACGGUAGCACUGAGGACCUGUUCCGAGACAGCAUUGACUCCUGUGACAACGACAUCACGGAGAAGGUGAGCUUCCUGGAAAAAAAAGUGACAGAACUGGAGAAUGACAGCCUGACCAAUGGGGACCUGAAGAGCAAGCUGAAGCAGGAGAACACACAGCUUGUGCACAGGGUGCACGAGCUGGAGGAGAUGGUGAAAGAUCAGGAGACCAUGGCCGAGCAGGCCCUGGAGGAGGAGGCGCGGCGGCACCGCGAGGCCUACGGCAAGCUGGAGAGAGAGAAGAGCACGGAGAUCGAGCUGCUCAACACCAGGGUGCAGCAAUUAGAGGAGGAAAACACUGAGCUCAGAACAACAGUGACCCGGCUCAAGUCACAAACAGAGAAGCUGGAUGAGGAGCGGCAGCGCAUGUGUGACCGGCUGGAGGACACCAGCCUGCGGCUCAAAGAUGAGACGGACCUGUACAAGCGCGUGACGGACAAGCUGCGGCAGAACCGCCUUGAGUUCCAAAAGGAACGGGAGGCGACGCAGGAGCUCAUCGAGGACUUGCGGAAGGAGCUAGAACACCUGCAGAUGUACAAGCUGGACUGUGAGCGGCCAGGCCGGGGACGCAGCUCGUCCUCUGGCCUGGGCGAGUUCAACGCCAGGGCCCGCGAGGUGGAGCUGGAGCAUGAGGUCAAGCGGCUCAAGCAGGAGAAUCAUAAGCUGCGGGACCAGAAUGACGACUUGAAUGGACAGAUCUUGAGCCUCAGCCUCUAUGAAGCAAAGAACCUCUUUGCCACCCAGACCAAAGCCCAGUCUCUGGCCGCAGAAAUAGACACGGCCUCUCGCGAUGAGCUCAUGGAAGCCCUGAAGGAGCAGGAGGAGAUCAACUUCCGGCUGAGGCAGUACAUGGACAAGAUUAUCCUUGCCAUCCUGGACCACAACCCCUCCAUCCUUGAGAUCAAACACUGAGACGAGGGCUGGCUGCAGAGCGGCCUCAGGACCCUCCCAGCCCUGGACCCUGGGACCAAGGCGCAGAUCCCACUUGAGGAUGCGGCCCAAGCCAGGCCACACACACACACACACACACACACACACACACACACACUGUAAACAUCUCUGGCCACCA